AUGGCCAACAUUAGUAGGUUCCCUCACCACAAACUAAACAGCAAUAUUAAUAAUAACAAUAGUAAUGAUGUAUCAGUUCAAGAAUUAAUGCGGAUCAAUUUUGAAAAGAAAGCCUUUCCACAAACAACGUGUACUGAUAAUCAUCGUGGUAAAAUGCAACACAAUAAUAAAAAGCCCAACAAAUCAAAACUCAACAACGAUCCUUUAUGUUCUUCACAAAAGAAGAAGAAGAGUAAGAGAAACGUCAAAUCAACAUCAACGACAUUGGUUCGAAAUUGUCAAUAUGUUUUGACAGAUGGACAACAAUUAAAUAAUUAUUCAACACCACCACCUUCACAACAAAAAAAUAUGGUCAUAACUUCCCAAAUCCCUUCAUUACAAAACGACUCAUUUGUUGUUUUACCACCUUCACAUGAUUUGCCUUCUGGUUUCCCAUCACAAAAAUCUGCAUCAUGUCAAAAUGAAUCUCAUCAAUUUACCUUCUCCGAUGAUAUUCCUUCCUUUUGUUCACAAAUUAUUUCAAGGCAAAAUCGGUCAUCCUCCUUUACUUCACAACAUCCACAGCAAUUCCCACAUCAACCUUCACAUCCACAUCCACAUCAACAUCCACAUCAACAUUCACAUCAACCUCCACAUCAACAUUCACAUCAACCUCCACAUCAACAUUCACAUCAACCUCCACAGCAACCCCCACAUCAGCCUCCAUCACAUCAACCUCCACAGCAAUCACCUCAGCAACAAUGCAAUGGAGAGAUGAUGGUUCAAGGAUCAAAUAUUCUAGAGUUCUAUGAGGUAAAACUUCCGGGAAUGGAUCAACCAAUUCUCGUUCCCAAGCUUAUAAUCGAGAAAACCGAUUUUGAACCUGUCCAAACGUCUUCACCCACCGAGUUACGCGCUGAUCAACGUCCAGUAGUCACGGUCAAUUUACCGAGAAAUUCAAAGAAUUCUCUUCUCUGUGAAGAACCUUGGUGGCUAUCUUCAAAAGGUACCGUUGCUUUUUCACAAGACGACGACAACGACGAUAACGUUGAGGGUGAAUACGAAUCUGCACACGCGAUACAAAUUGCGACAGGGGUUUACCCCUUAGUAAAGUUACCUCCCCAUGGUUCGAAAAGCCUUACAAUCAAAUCGAAUUCAAAGAAGGAAUUUAUGUGGAUUAACGGUUAUAACGGUUAUUGCCAUCUCAAUGAUAUCACAUCAAACAGUAUCAACUUCGAAUCAGAACCACUUAUCGUACGAUUACCUCCGAAAGCAAUUCCUAAUACGCGUUUUAAUAUACAGAAUCUCAAAAUUGAAACGAACAUAGAGCUCAAUAAAGAUGAUGAUGAUGCCUUCUUUGCGUCUUUGGGUUGUUCAACCUUGUCCACUCCCAUGUCCGAGACUUCAACUACCUCAUUUUCAAAUACGUCAACGUACGCAGAAUCAGCAACCACUGCGUUUACCGAAGAAGAAAUUAUCAAUGAUGUUAAGCAUUGCAAUUCUCGAUCACCUUCUGUACUUUCUACCCUUAGUUCUGAACAUCUUUCUCCUGUCUUGGAAGAAGAUGAGGAAGAAGAGGAGGACAAGUCUGAAAUAGUUCUUCCCGUCGAGGAAUGUCAAGAAGAGAUGAUAAUCGAAGAACCAGUUGAUGUGGAAAUUUCAUCCAUUUGUGGGAGUGAGGAUUCAGAACAUCAGACUCACGAAAACGACGAGGAACACGAGGAUCAAGAACAUUUGUUCCCCCACUUACUCGAAAUUGUGGAACAUCUUGAAAAAUUGGAACCAGAUUCAGAUGAGGCACUCAGAAUUCGUCGGCAACUCGAAAGAAUCAGUGAAGAGAAUUAUCCGGACUCUUUGCCACUGUCCAAUAAAUGGACUAUGUAUUAUUCAGAUACAUCAGCAACAAAGACGAACACGAGGAUUGUCUCAAAGAAUAAAUAUUCUUCGACAUUGAAUACGGUCUUUAAGUGCAACACGGUUCCAGAAUUGUGCUCAAAUUUGCGUGAAUUCUAUUCAAAGGUCAAGCCAAGCGAAAUGAAAACGUUUGGGAAUCUCAGCUUCUUUAAGGGGGACAUAAUGCCUAUGUGGGAAGACGAAGUUAACCAAAAGGGAGGUCGUUUCACUUUAUGUCCUGCAAGAAAUCGACUUGAUUCGCUAUGGGAUUCAAUUAUCUUGCUUCUCGCCGGUGAAACUAUCGACGAUAACAAUGUCAUCUGUGGUGCCGUCUGUGCUCGUCGAAGCAGAGGAGACCGCGUAGAACUCUGGAUAAGCGGCAAUGCUGAUUACGAAGCCAUCGAUCGUAUCAGAGAUCUCUUAGCAGCCGAAUUAGGUAGUGAUAUUGUUAAGAACGUCAAGUACAAGAAACACUACGAAAAGUCAUGA